UGUGGGGGUGGUGCGGCUCGUGUCGUGUCCUUGCCGGGCGGCCGCGGGUGUUCCAACUUGGACCGGCGGCAGGGGCCCUGCAACGCCCGAUUUGCGCGAGGAACCACCACAACAACAGCGUAGGUAGUGAGCAACUCACUCCGGCCAUGACUCCGUCGCCGCCGGCCGUCCUGGUCAGCAAUGGCGCCAUCUCCCCGCACGAUCCCCCUUCUGCGGCUUCCUUCCUCGAGUCCACCCCGGGCGCCUACACCACCGCCCGCGGCCUCCUCUGGUGGCCCCGCCACCUCCUCCGCCUCUCCGACUCGGUGCGCCUCCUCGCCCAAUCCCACCCUCACCUUCUCGGCCUCCCGGAGCGGCCCCGCCUCCUCAACUUCUUAUCGGGAAAGGCUGUUCAUUCUCUCGUCAACCCCUCUGCGCGGGUCGCCAUUCACGAGAUGCGGCGCAGGCUGCCGGUGAUGGAGGAGGAUUUGGCGCUCACAGCGCUGGUUAGGGGAGGCGAUUCCGGGGACGGGCUGGACGUGUUCGUGCAUGUGGGAGCGUAUGCGCCGCCGGUGUUCGGAGAGGCAGGGGCCAGAGUUGCCGUGGCCGGCAGGGGAAGGGAGGUCGCCGCAGCCAAGUACGCGCCCUGGGCCAGGAUGAGGAAGAGUAUGGAAAAGAUGAGGCCUCCUGGUGUAACUGAGCUCUUGUUGACUAAUGAUGGGGAUCACAUUCUUGAAGGCAGUGUCACUAACUUCUUUGUUGUCUGCCAAAAAGAGAAACAUCAGAGAAACGGACGUUUUUCUAAUGAAACAUUGGUUACCAAGUUUGAAGUGCAAACAGCUCCACUGAGUGAUGGAAUCCUCCCUGGAAUUAUACGUCAGAUAGUGAUAGAGGUAUGCCAUGAUCUUGGGAUCCCAGUACGAGAGGUCUCUCCAUCAUGGUCCAAGCAUGAACUUUGGCAAGAGGCUUUUGUUACAAGUAGCUUAAGGCUUAUCCAGCAUGUUGAGUCAGUUCAAGUGCCUUUAUUGUGGGAGGACAUACAAUCAAAAACCUGGAGUGAUGUAUCUUGGGAGGUGAAACAAUUUCAGAGGGAAAUAUUGAAGAGAGCAAGAACAGAGGAAUAUGACAUAAAAGAUCUCCUAUGAGUUCUGAAUGUUAUGAUUAGUUCAUUAAAUGGUGCUGGCUUUGUUUCUUCCAAUCAUUUGUUAUUCAAAAAAGUAGGCUUGCAAGGUAUCGAGGGGCGCCGUCCAUGCAUGACCGUCUCUUGUCAUGUGUGCUGGGCAUGUAUGCUGCAUGCGUCAUCAGGUAGCUAGCAGCCGCGCCGCGCGUUUGCUUCCACGGAAAACCGGCCUGCCGUUUCCAUUUCACCACUAGCUACCUCCAUCCAACAGCCCUCACACCAUCCGUCCAUCGCUCGCUCCCUCCCUCCCUUUCCUCUCUCUAAAAUUG